AUGGCCUACAUUCAACAAAUCUAUAUCCUUGUUCUUCUUCUUGCAGUUAUUACCUUCCUUGAAAUUGCAUUUACUGAGGGAAGGCAACUAAAUGCAUUCAAGAAACACAGAGAGAUUUUCCCACCAAAUAAAAGUAAUUAUGAAUCCAGUUUCAUAAGUACUAAUUCAGAUGAAACUUAUAAUUAUGUUAACGAUUUUCGACCUACAAAUCCAGGGAACAGUCCUGGAAUUGGCCACAAUUUUGAAGCAGAAAACGAUGUUGUUGAGCCAAAGACACCACCUCCUGCUUCAGGAAAAAAUACAGAUGUUUUUCGACCCACUACACCAGGUCACAGCCCUGGUUUUGGUCAUCCUUUAGCAGGACCAAACGAAUAA